AAUGCCCUCCAGCGCCGCACCUCGAACCCGCGCCCGGGGCCAUGCCGGUCAUGAAGGGGUUGCUGGCCCCGCAAAACACCUUUCUGGACACGAUCGCCACCCGCUUCGACGGCACGCACAGCAAUUUCUUACUGGCCAACGCACAGGGUCCACGAGGCUUUCCCAUCGUCUACUGCUCUGACGGCUUCUGUGAACUCACAGGCUACGGCCGCACUGAGGUCAUGCAGAAAACCUGUAGCUGCCGUUUCCUCUAUGGCCCAGAGACCAGUGAGCCAGCCUUGCAGCGGCUGCACAAAGCCCUGGAGGGCCACCAGGAGCACCGAGCUGAAAUCUGCUUCUAUCGCAAGGAUGGUUCAGCCUUUUGGUGUCUCCUGGACAUGAUGCCCAUCAAGAAUGAGAUGGGAGAGGUCGUGCUGUUCCUCUUUUCCUUCAAGGACAUUACUCAGAGUGGGGGCCCAGCACUUGGCCCCCCAGGAGGCCACAGGGACAGCAAUCACGAAAACUCCCUUGGCAGGAGGGGAGCCAGCUCCAAACUUCGGUCUGCCAGGAGGCAGAACAGAACUGUCCUACACCGACUGACUGGCCACUUUGGGCGCCGGCGCCAGGGAAGCAUGAAGUCCAGUAAUAACGUGUUUGAGCCAAAGUCAUCAGUGCCUGAGUACAAGGUAGCCUCCGUGGGGGGGUCCCGCUGCCUCCUCCUCCACUACAGCGUCCCCAAGGCCAUCUGGGAUGGCCUCAUCCUUCUUGCCACUUUCUACGUUGCGGUCACCGUUCCCUACAACGUCUGCUUCUCGGUCGAUGACGACACCCCCAUCACCUCCCGUCACACUCUUGUCAGCGACAUCGCUGUGGAGAUGCUCUUCAUCCUAGAUAUCAUCCUGAACUUCCGCACCACCUAUGUGUCCCAGUCUGGCCAGGUGAUCUCUGCUCCUCGCUCCAUUGGCCUCCACUACCUGGCUACCUGGUUCUUUGUGGACCUUAUUGCUGCUCUGCCCUUUGACCUGCUUUAUGUCUUCAACAUCACCGUGACGUCGCUGGUGCACCUGCUGAAGACAGUGCGGCUGCUGCGUUUGCUGCGGUUGCUGCAGAAGCUGGAGCGCUACUCGCAGUGCAGCGCUGUGGUGCUCACGCUGCUCAUGUCUGUGUUUGCACUCCUUGCCCACUGGAUGGCCUGUGUCUGGUACGUCAUCGGGCGCCGGGAGAUGGAGGCCAACGACCCACUGCUCUGGGACAUCGGCUGGCUGCAUGAGCUGGGCAAGCGGCUAGAGGUGCCCUACGUCAACGGUUCGGCAGGCGGCCCUUCACGGCGCAGCGCCUACAUCGCCGCACUCUACUUCACCCUGAGCAGCCUCACCAGCGUGGGCUUUGGCAAUGUGUGCGCCAACACGGACGCGGAGAAGAUCUUCUCCAUCUGCACCAUGCUCAUAGGCGCGCUGAUGCACGCUGUGGUGUUCGGGAACGUGACGGCAAUCAUCCAGCGCAUGUACUCGCGACGUUCGCUCUACCACAGCCGCAUGAAGGACCUCAAGGACUUCAUUCGUGUGCAUCGCCUGCCGAGGCCACUCAAACAGCGCAUGCUGGAGUAUUUCCAGACCACGUGGGCCGUCAACAGUGGCAUUGAUGCCAAUGAGUUACUGCGUGACUUCCCAGACGAGCUGAGAGCUGACAUUGCUAUGCACCUGAAUCGGGAGAUCCUGCAGCUACCACUGUUUGGAGCAGCAAGCAGGGGCUGCCUGCGGGCCCUCUCCCUGCACAUCAAGACCUCGUUCUGCGCUCCGGGCGAGUACCUGUUGCGCCGUGGGGACGCCCUGCAGGCACACUACUAUGUCUGCUCUGGCUCACUUGAGGUGCUCCGUGACAACAUGGUGCUGGCAAUCCUGGGGAAGGGGGACCUGAUUGGGGCAGAUAUCCCUGAGCCGGGGCAGGAGCCUGGGUCAGGGGCAGGCCCAAGUUUCGUGUUGAAGACCAGCGCUGACGUGAAGGCACUGACCUACUGUGGCCUGCAGCAGCUGAGCAGCCAAGGGCUGGCUGAGGUCCUGAGGCUCUACCCUGAGUAUGGGGCUGCCUUCCGGGCUGGCCUGCCCCGGGACCUCACCUUCAAUCUGCGCCAGGGCUCUGACACCAAUGGCCUCAGCCGCUUUGCCCGGUCCCCUCGUCUCUCCCAGCCCCACUCUGAAAGGCUCAGCUCCUCCUCAGACAAGACCCUGCCAUCCAUCACAGAGGCUGAGGGUGGGGCAGAGCCUGGGGGUGGUCCCAGGCCCCGCCGGCCCCUCCUGUUGUCCAACCUCAGCCCAGCACGGCCUCGGGGCUCCCUGGUCAGCCUUCUGGGCGAGGAGCUACCCCCAUUCUCAGCCCUUGUCUCCUCUCCUUCCUUAUCCCCAUCCCCUUCCCCUGCCCUGGCUGGCCAGGGCCACAGCCCCUCCCCUCACGGCCUCCCCAGAGGCUCUGCUGCCUGGAAGCCCCCCCAGCUGCUCAUUCCCCCACUGGGAGCCUUUGGACCUCCGGACCUCAGUCCCCGGAUAGUGGAUGGCAUUGAGGACUCUGGCAGCACAGCUGAGGCCCCCACCUUCCGCUUCAGCAGGAAGCCUGAUCCCCCAAGGUCCCGCUUACAGGCCCCUACUGCAGGGACCAGACCCAGCCGGGAACUGGCCACUGAGGCAGAGGAAGUGAAGGAGAAGGUCUGCAGGCUGAACCAGGAGAUCUCCCGUCUCAACCAGGAGGUGUCUCAGCUCAGCCGGGAGCUUCGGCACAUGAUGAGCCUACUGCAAGCCAGGCUGGGUUCCCCAGGUCCCCUGACAGUCUCAGCUUGGCCCCCAGAGCCUCCUUGCCCCCAGCUGAGGCCGCCAUGCAUGUCUCCCUGUCUGUCUGGGCCACCACCUAACCUUCAGGACACUACGCUUGCUGAGGUCCACCGCCCGGCGAGUAUGGGGACAGCAGAGAUGGGGGUUGCCCCCCCGGACUCCAGGUCCCCCAUGCUAUCCCCCUACCCAUCACAGCCUGACCCUCUAGGGCCCUCCCUGGUGCCUGAGGCCUCGCCCCCAACCCCAAGCCUCAUGAAGCACAGCUUCCGGUCCAGAUCAGACACUUUCCACUGACCCUGGCCCCGGGCCCAGGCCUGUCUGGGGUGGGCAUUGCUGCCUGCCAUUCAGGGAGGGACUGGGCCCCUUGGCCUCUUGCCUCAGGGUCAGCAGCCAUCAGCUGGUCUGGUUGGCUCUGGAUUCUCUGGACUUUUGGACAAAGCAUGGUCACCCCUGACCCUGCUCCCUUUUCUAAACCUUCCCCUAUCCUCCUCUGUGAGGGGAACCAUCUGAGGCUGUGGAACCCAGCAGGCAUGAGACGGACUGCAGUGCCCACUGGGCUGGGAAGAUGAGAUGUACUACUUUCUCCCCAGGACUUGGAGGCAGGUAGAGAUGGGGGAGCUUAGGAGGGUGGGCAUGGGCCCCAGAUCCAGCCUGGGAAAUGAAGGCUAAGGCAAGAGCAGGUGGGAUCUUGGUGGCUGAGUCUAUAGCAAGAGGAAAAGAUUGCAGGAUUCUACUCUGUAGAUGGCUCAGUGAUAUUGUGAGGUUUUCUGUCCCAGCCCCCAGGUCUCUGCUGAAGACUCUGAGAGCAGUGGCACCUUGAGAGAGGUAGGUUUGAAAUCCUUGCUGGCCCUUAAGUAACCCAAGACCUCUUAGGUCUCCCACUGUCAGCCCAGGCUGAAGGGGCACACCUCAUCCCUCAGCCACAGGAAGCAAACUAAUGGCCCCUGACUUGGAUUCUCUGUCUCCCAGAACAUUUUUUAAAAAAAUAUGAAUUAGUUGCCGACAUUAAAAAUCGGGAGACUUCACAUAAAAACCCAGAGAUUCCAGCUUCUUUAAAAAAAAAAAAAAUUGGGAGAUCUGGCAACCUUCGGCCAAUACUCUCUUCUAGCAAUAAUCAACUGGUGUUGAGUGGCUGCCGGCCUUUUUAGAUGGGGGCUGCACUCAGGAACCCAGUUUUUUGCAGUCCCCAGCUUUCUUACCAUCUCCUGACACCCAGCUAGCUUCCCUCAUUUGAAUUCUUGGGUCGCUGUGGGUAUGUGAGUUUGCAACCCCUACCUUAGAGUGUGCUCACAGGUCCCUUUGCCCCUCAACCCUCUUGGUGCUUCUUGAUGGCAACAGUGUCUGUUUCUAUGCCUGGGCCUGGGUCUAUCAACAUCUGUUUCUCUCUGCAGGCUGUCACUCAUGGUGGUCUCUUCUACUGCCGGCAACUUGAAAAACAGCCCCCACGGCACUCCCUAUCUCCCCUCCCCCUGACCUCAGCCAAGCCUCUUCCCUCUUCCAACAUGGUCUCACUCAGGGCCCUGACUUCUUGCAAACUCACCAUAGUCUCCCAGCUCUUUCACCAGCCCACACCUUGGGCUCACUUUUGGAUGGGAAAUAAACUAUUUUUGUAGCUGUUGGCUCUGGCUGUUUCUGGGGGUUGGCCUGAGAGCCCCAGAGUUUUAGAGGAGCCCAUGUGGCAGUCACUCCCCCACUGUACCUCAGGGCCCUGUCGCUGUCUCUAGGAAGGGCAAAGGUGCCAGCCAAUCCACUUGGCACCACAUUCACGCCACCAGGGGCCCCAGGGAUGAGGGAGAAACCUUAAUGAGUCACUAUGGGGCCCUUAUACCCCCUCCCCCUCCCAGUCACAGCCACAGAUGACAGAUACAGGUCCACCUCCAGCCCUGGAAGGGGGGGCCCAGGGGACUCCCCACCCUUCCUGUGGAGGAACCUGCUGUUGCAGAGCUAGGUACAGCAGGGUCUGGGGGAAGGGCUUGCCACUAGCUAAGAACAGGCUAGGAAUCCCAUUUGCCCCACCCUCUCUGUCCUCCUAAGCCCUCUCCUCCUUCUUGCUUUCACUUCUCUGAGGAUCACCGGUGGAUGGCUGUGGGGGGGAUGUGGAUGAGGGCUGGAGAGGUGGAGGGGGUGCAAACAUGGAUGUUUCAAGAAAGAGGCACCCCAGUGACCUGAUGGAACCAAAAGUGGGCACAUUUUGUGCCAGGUUGUCCUAGUGAGACUGAUUUUCCAGCUUACACUCCAGGGUAUGACUGUUGGCUGGUGUCAUAGGAACACUGUCCACAGCUGUCUCGGGUGAGCUUUAGUUCCAUACAGGUUUUGAGUGGUGUCCCUAGGGGGGUGAGAUGCAGAAGUGGUGGAGAUGUUAGUUUAUGUUGGGGGUGGGGUGAGCAGAAGUUGUCCUAACCCAUAUUGAGAGGCAUAGAAACAAACAGUCCUGAUACGAGUGGAAGUCUGCGGGGGUGCGGGGCAAGCAGAAAUGGUUCUGGUCUAUGUUUAUGGAUGGAGAACUGAGGCAGAGGUGGUUCGGGUCUGAAGUUGGCAUCAGAGACAAAAGCAGGUUCCGGAUGGGGAGUAGGGGGAGGCAGAGAUGGUCCUAGUGUGUUUUGGGGCCAAGCCCAUGCAAGAGGGUCCUGGUUUAUGACUGACCGGUGGCAAGACCUCUCCCUUUAAUCUCACCCAGUAACAUCGCAGAACGUCUGGCUCCAUAGCUGGCUUGGCCAGAAAGUGAAGACAGGGGCUUCUCUAGGUUAGCGAGUGCCCGGGACUGGUCCACGCGGCCUCAAGCACACGUUCGUUCACAACAUGUUCUUCCUUCCCCAGUUCCGCACAUACAGGCCCCUGCCCUCUUCCAGUGCUCCGCAAUCCACCACCCCUCGGGACUCCCGGAAGCCGCGGUGACGCGGUGGCGGGCCUGGCCUUAAAAAGUUCCCGGCCGGGCUCCGCCUUGCCGGCAGCUGACUCCACCCAAACCCAAGUCCCAGGCGGCCACCGGCUCCGCCUAGAGCUGCGAACUACAAGUCCCGGCGUCCCUCGC